AACCACCACCACCAUCACCCCCACAACAUCAGACAGGCACACACGCACACGCGUUUUGUGUUUUACAAGAGCAUUUGGGUCCGUGAACUGCCGCAGCACCGUCCAUUUUAUAUUUUACCGCUCGUCCGUGCACUCGUACACCGCUUACCAAACCAUACCGACAUUUUUUUUUUUUACUACCACUAGCCAGUUCAAAUUAAACUGCCAUCACUCACUGUACCAUAUUUUGGUUUUUACACACACCGGUUUAGUGUAACUGUCGGUAGAAGAAAAUAUAAUAUUUCUUGAACCGUAGUCCGUCCUGCAGUCGUUAGAUUCAUCUCUCGAUAUUGAAUUAUUAUUAUUAUUAUUAUCACCUACACGUCGACGAACAAUAAACGAGCAUCAUCAUGAGGAGCGAAGUUCUCGAAGAAAUGCCUGAAGCAAUCAUGGAAUACUUCUGUGAACAAGUAUUGAAACGCGAUUGGCCAAACUGCAUUCACGCAUAUUAUUUCAUUAAAAAUGCGUUUCAAUGGAUGAGCAAAAAUUCGGCAUCGAGCUAUAAAUUAUACUAUAUUUCUAACGACGUUGAGAACGGAACAUUUAUUGGGAUUUUAUCGCGACCUGAAGAAGAAUAUCCGGACGUCGUAGUCACAUACACUUGCCCGGGAAAUGAAGAACAAUUCCGAAGGAUGCUGUAUAGUACCGAGUACAUCAAUUGGCAGAAGAAACCGCUGUUCCAAGCUAUACCGUUCAGGAUGAAGGCCAUCGUGGAAACAAUGAUUGAGGAAAAAGGAUUGAAGAGUAAACUGUACUCAAAUGCCGUGCUUAAAUGGAUGCCAGCCGAUGUAGCUGCCAGAUUAGAUUAUGAAAUACCGGAUGAUGUAUUUAUUGGCCAAUUGAGCGUGGAUCAUAUUGACUUUAUUUACUCACUGUGGACUCAUAGUGACGUUUACCCAAAAUCUGAUCUUUGGGACACAGUAAGACUUAAUAUUGGUUUGGGUGUAUUCAGUCGACAUAAUGGUGAGCUAUUGGCAUGGGCCAUGUGUGGAAGUUACGGAGGUUUAAGUACUUUGAUAGUUCAGCCAGAUUACAGAAGACGUGGAUUUGGUAAACUAAUUGUGUUGGCAGUAACCAAGGUAAUGGGUGAGAAUGGCGUCUCUCCUCAUGCACUUAUUAAUGAAAAGAACAAUGUAUCGUUGGGCUUGUUCAAGAACGUUGGCUACAUUAAACAUUCAACGACAUUACCAUACGUAGUAGUUGAAGACCCGGAUACUUCUGGGCCAUAAAUAUCGGGAUAAUUAUUUUGGCAUUUACCUCAACGAUUGGAUUCAAAAAUGUAUAAUAUUAUUCAUUUUAAUGAAACGCACGACUUCUGCAAAGUAAAGGGAGACCAUAUAGCGGAAACAAUGACGACUUACACGGAAACUGCUAAAAAAAAACAAAAAAAAAAAUAAAGAAUUAUGAUGAAAAUGGAUUUUUUUUUUAUUCAUGAUUUUAUUUCUCAUUAUUAUUAAAACUGUAAAUGUUCAAUGUACGGAUAUCUCUAAUAUAUAAGUAAUAUAAUUAUUACAAUCUAAAAAUGUUAAAUGCUAUCCUUGGUGAUUUGUGGAAAAUAUUUGAAAAAAAAAUUUAUUUAUAAUUAUUAUUUUUAAGACUUUAUAUAAAAUAAUAUAUUUAAAGUAUAAAUUUUUGUAUUUAAUUGGACUAUAUCAUUGAAAAUUUCUUCCGAAUUACUCUUUUGAUAACUGUAUGAGGAAUAAAUAAAAAAUAAACAUAAUUAUAUGAUUGUUUUCAUUA